AUGGAAACACUCAUCUCCUUGCCUCUGAGCCUCGGCCGCGAGCGCUCGCUGCACAUCGUGCAAAAGCAAAAGAGCAGCGGCCUCUUUAGCACCCUGCAAUCCUUCACGAGCGGUUUCCGCUCCGGCAGCCUUCACAUCCAGCAGGUACCUGCCGGCGCACCCGCCGUGCUCGACGUCUGUGCGGACCAACAGUACUCCCAUCAAGUGACGAAUGAGAUCACCGACAAGAGGCAGUCGAUCGUAAUCCACACGGCCAGCGCCGAGCCUGUUCAGAUCUACCUGCGAUGGCCAAAAGACGCCGGUCUGGAGCGGCUGCAGGUGGCCACGGCUGACUAUCACAUCAAGUCUGACAUUGAAAUGCCCAGCAUCCCGGGCAGUGUCACGCACCUGUCUCCCGCCGAUGUCGACUUUGUGCCGGCGCGCGAGCUAUUCCUCGCCAGCAACAGCGGCGGCAUCACCGGUCUCUUCCCCUCGCACGACGUCCUUGACGUGGUCACAAGCUCUGGGUCUGCGAGUCUCACUCUUCUUCCGCUCUUCGACAAGCCAUCCCACGAGAGCAAGGUGGGCAUCAAGUCCAACUCGGGCACACUGAGCAUCAAUGGCAAGCUCGACGCCGCCACCUCGCGCGUGCACUUUCCCAGCCGCGACAGCACAGUCUCCAUCAUCACCUCCUCCGGCUCCAUCCGUGCUGUUCUCGGCUUGACAAAGUCCACCAGCAUCAAGUCUAAUAGCGGCUCGCAGCACCUUACCGCGCUCCUCUCCGACCACAGCCACGACCGCCGGUCUGACUUUGCGACGGCGAGCAACAGCGGCACGCAGAAUAUUAGCGUUGUCGCUGCUGCGCAACAAGACAGGACAGAAAGCAGCGCAGGGGAGAAGACCGACGAGACAGGCUUUGUCUGCAAGCACAAGAGUAACAGCGGUAGUGUCCGCAUCGCCUACCCGGAUGAGUGGGAGGGCACGGUGGAAGCGCAUAGUAAUUCCGGGAGCAUGUCCAUCACAGGAGAGGGCGUGGAGACGGACAAGGCGCAUCAUCGCGUGACGGGCGUCAAGGGGACGCCGGAGCACCAUACGGACGUGGGCACGAGCUCGGGAAGCAUAUCCGUCAAGUUUGGGGAUGGCUCAUCUUCCGACACACAGCAAACUAUAUCUGGCAAAAUGCAAUAA